AUGACGAAGAUUUCCGAUCUUCCACGGGAUCUGGCUGAUGAGGUGCUCUCCAGGCUUCCGGUAACAUCUCUGAGGGCAAUACGAUUUACUUGCAAAAAGUGGAACACUUUAACCAAACGUCGCAGCUUUACAAAGAAGCAAAUUGGUUGGGAACAAGCAGAAGCAAAGAAGAAGCAAGAGAAGGAGCUUGAGGCGAUCAUGAUUAUGAACGAUAGGGUUUAUCUGAUGAGUGUCAAUCCAGAUGGAAUUCACAAAGACGACGACAACGUUGAAUCAUCUAUAAAGCAGAAAGGUAAACUUAUUAGCCUAAACGGUGGCGAUCAAGUAGUUAUAUCUCAAGUCUAUCACUGUGAUGGUCUAUUGUUAUGCAUCACCAAUGACAACAACAACUCUAGGCUUGUGGUUUGGAACCCUUAUUUCUGGCAAACAAGGUUGAUAGAACCUAGGGAGUCUUACCACAAAUGGGACAACUAUGCUCUCGGAUACGGGAUAAAGAAGAGCAGUUGCAACCGAAGCAACAUAAUCUUGAGAUAUUUGGAUGCUUUCGAAGACAUGAGCGAGAUGAGUGUAGAGCCUCCAACUAGAAUCUGCCAGUUCGAAAUUUACCAUUUUGACUCUAACUCAUGGAUGGUUAUCGAGGAUAUUCCCGACUGGAAUAUAUCUCAUUUUAGCCGUGGAGUGUCACUCAAAGGAAUGACUUACUGGUUUGCUCAAGAGAGGAUCCUACCACUUGAAGAGGAGAUAGAAGAGAUCCCAGGUGAGAUCCCAGAGCUACGAGAGAUCCCUAGUUUCUUACUAUGUUUUGAUUUUACAACAGAGAAAUUUGGAUCACUUCUGCCUCUACCAUUUCAGCCUCGUUUUAAUGAUACUGUAACUCUAUCUACUAUUAGAGAGGAGAAACUUACGGUUUUAUAUCACCGAUGGGAUACGGCGUGGACAGGGAUAUGGAUUAGUAAUAAGAUUGAGCCUAACGCAGUGUCAUGGAGCAGCUUGUUCUUACCUAUCGGUAGGAUUAGACCAUUCGAGCCUAUAUCUGCGACUUUCUUUGUUGACGAAGAGAAAAAACUCGCGGUGAUUUUUGAUAAACGAAAGAGUAUACAUAACCCCACUCGCAACACAGCUUAUAUCGUUGGAGAAGAUGGAUAUUGCAAACAAGUGGAUCUUGGAGAAUCGUCUGUUCAUAGCUAUUGUUUUCCAGUCCUUGUGUGCUCUUAUGUUCCAAGUUGUGUGCAAAUCUAA